AUGGGUCAAAAAGGCAUUCGGACAGCUCUAAAGGUCGACCUGAACAGACCUGCCAGUGAACAGGCAGGCUUGCAUAACAGAUGGCAUCCCGACGUCCCGGCCUACGGAAAGAUCGCCAACAAUGAAGUCGUUAAAAUCGAAUGUGUCGACUGGACAGGCGGCCAAAUCGGAAACAAUGACUCCGCCGACGAUAUCAAGAACGUAGAUCUGACCAAAAUCCACUAUCUAUCCGGCCCUUUCGACAUCGAAACCGCCGAGCCCGGCGAUGUCCUAGUCGUCGAGGUCCAGGACGUACAACCAUUUGAAGAUCAACCAUGGGGAUUCACCGGAAUAUUCCACAAAGAUAAUGGCGGAGGCUUCCUAGACAAGCUGUAUCCUGAAGCAGCAAAAGCAAUCUGGGACUUUGAAGGGAUUUUCUGCUCAUCCCGACAUAUCCCUGGUGUUCGCUUCGCGGGACUCAUUCAUCCCGGAAUUCUGGGCUGUGCCCCAUCAGCGGAGGUUCUAGCUGAAUGGAAUCGUCGCGAGGGCGAGCUGAUUGCCGCCAACACGGACGCUGAUCAGAUUGUUGCCCAACCGCCGAAUCCUCAGAAUACCCAUGGUGGAUGUGCUACCCAUGACGUGCUGAGCAAGAUUGCGAAAGAGGGUGCGCGGACUAUUCCAGGCCGUCCCGAACACGGCGGGAACUGCGAUAUCAAAAACCUUUCCCGCGGAUCAAAGGUAUACCUACCCGUCCACGUCCCUGGAGCCAAAUUCUCCGUCGGAGACCUGCAUUUCUCACAAGGGGAUGGCGAAAUCUCAUUCUGCGGAGCCAUCGAGAUGGCCGGUGUCAUCACGCUCAAGUUUACAGUUAUGAAGGAUGGUAUGGCGAAGCUAGGCAUGAAGUCGCCAAUCUUCCACGCAGGGCCGGUGGAGCCGCAAUUCGGGCCCGGUCGAUACUUGACAUUCGAGGGGUUCUCGGUUGACGAGAAUGGCAAGCAGCAUUUCCUGGAUGCGACUGUUGCCUAUAGGCAGACUUGUCUCCGGGUUAUUGAAUAUCUGAGACGCUAUGGUUAUAGUGAUUAUCAGAUUUACCUGCUGCUUAGCUGUGCGCCGGUGCAGGGUCAUAUUGCGGGGAUAGUGGAUGUUCCGAAUGCGUGCACUACGCUUUCGUUGCCGAUGGAUAUCUUUGACUUUGAUAUUAGACCUGAGGCUGAGGUGGUCAAGAAGGAUAUGGGGACUUGUGCUUUUGUGAGCAAGUAG